CAAAAACUGUCAAUAACAGACAAAACUUUCACCACAGCAUGCCAAAUUAUCCAGAAACAAACUGAUAAAAAUAUUUCAAACCCGAAAACAGGAUGAUAUCACUCACAGUAUUAACCGGUUGGCAAUCUCUGGCCAGCUUCAAGACCCGUUCAAAUCUCGUCGUUUGGAGCGUAUCUUCACUCCGGUGGUACGCGAAGCAUAAGCCACCAUGUGACCCUCUUAAAGAAAACCCUCCAUGUAGAAGAGCGUAUGAUGAUAUAACGCCAGCCGUAGACCCCAACUGUCCCGAACCUUGUGACCCGUACAAGAAAAAGAAAGGCAUUUUGCAUAAGAUUAAAUUACGGAUUACUGAAGGAGGGACUAACUUUGGCACUCCAUUCCGCUGGCUUGACUGCAAGCCAUGCAAAGCCGAAAAAGAAGAGCCAGAAAGGGAAGAAAAGGAAGAGACAACUAAAGCAAUUGUGAAAAAGCCGAAAGAGGUUAUUCCAUGUGAGGAAGAGAGACCAGGCUUGCAGGUGUCAGUGCUUGGUGCAGACACUGGUGUUGGGCAAUAUGUGGCGCUGUUGCUCAAGCAGUGCCCGUACAUGAAGAAAUUGCGUCUCUAUGAAUCAAAAUGUCCCGAAGGCUGCACCCGAUGCCUGGCAAAUGUAGUGCAAGAUCUGCUGCACAUUAACACCAACUGCCGCGUCCAGGCGUUCAGUUGCCAGAACUUUGAGCUGGAAAGGUGUUUGCAGAACUCAGACAUAGUGCUAAUGUUGGACUCGGGGUACGUGACCAGAGAUAUGUCGAUCGAGGCCCGCUUCGCUGCGCAAGCGCCCCUGGUCAAGUGCUAUACGGACGCGAUUGCCACCGAGUGCCCGAAGGCGUUUAUUAUAGUUGCCGCUACGCCUAUAGAGUGUAUGGUGCCUAUGAUCGCUGAGACGCUAAGAUCUUCCGGCUGGUACGACCCAGCGAGAGUGCUAGGCUCGCUAGCCGUGCCCGAGAUGAGGGCCAGCACCCUGGCCGCGAGGUCUCUUGGCCUAGAGCCCUGGUACACGAAGGUCCCGUGCGUUGGAGGCACGGAAGGAGAAUCCUUAGUGCCGCUGUUUUCUAGGGCCGUCGACUACUACGAAUUUUGCGAGCAAACCGCUGAGUACAUGACAAACUGCGUCCGCUCAGCCGACGAAGACAUACUGCGCUGCGAGGGCCACUGCGCAAGAAGCUCAGACCUCAGCGAGGCGCAUGCCUUGACCAGGCUAGUCAGCCAGGUUGCUCAAGCGUUGCUAUGCCUCGACAUACCCAGAGUCACGGGUUUUGUAGAGACGAAUUCCGUUCAACUUGUUUCACCAGCUAAAUUCAUCGCGAACCCUGUUGAAAUCGGAGGCAGUGGUAUCCGGAGAAGCCUCGGCUUGCACAAGCUAACGGAGCGGGAGAAGAAGUCCGUGAAUAUCGCUUUGGAAGUGAUGUGGAGAAGGAACGCGAUGGUCGAGAGCUGGUGCUGCAAGUAUUGCAACUGGCCAAAGACUGACGCCUGCCAGCUAAACUUCUUCUACCCGAGAUACGAAGACUGUGCUUAUGCUAAUGUGUGCUGAAAUGUGAUAUUUUGAACAGAUUGUAAAAAAAAUGUGUUUUUUUACUUUGAUUUUUUGUAGCUUUAUUGUUGAGU